AGCUAUAAGACCUGCAAGCAGCUAAGCUCGCUGUGAAUUGUGCGCUUACCGCGACUAUUGAUUGCAGAAGUAGCCAUGGUGGACCCAAAGGAAUCCGAGCUGGCCAAGGGCAGCGUGGCACCGACAGAUGCAAGCGGCGGCGCGAAGGGCGCGGCGUCGUCUGCAGCAGAAACCGGCACACAACAUAGCAUUCCACAAGCGGUUAUCAAGAAUGUGGACAUGUCCGAAGAGAUGCAGCAAGCCUCAGUAGACAUCGCAACCGAGGCAUUGCAGAAUUUCAGCGUCGAAAAGGACAUCGCCGCGUACGUCAAAAAGGCGAUGGACGCAAAGUUCGGGCCGACCUGGCAUACUGUAGUAGGCAAGAAUUACGGUAGCUACGUGACACAUGAAACUAAGCACUUCAUCUACUUCUACCUGGGGCAGAUCGCCUUCCUCCUCUGGCGAGCAUGAACAGUCGCGCCAUCUCACUGAACAGCGGCGCUCAAGCUUCCCUUUUUCACGCAUUUCUGUAUUUCUCCCCUUAUUCACCCAACUGCUUGUUAGUACGAAAGGCGACUGUUUGCGUGCUUUUCGUCAAUCAGUAAUGCUUUGGAUAUUUUACAGGCGGAGAGUGCAACGAGAGUGUUGGGUGGACGAUCGGGUGACUCUCAGUUGAUGAAAGAAGAGAAGUCGCGCGCGACUAGAUGCCUGGGGAUGCGCGGACUUGGAAGUAUAGAGACCCCGCAAGCUAU